AUGACUACGUUGCAGAAAAAAACCCAUGUCCCGAAAUUUGGGGACUGGGACAGUGAAAAUAUAUCCUACACUGCUUGUUUUGAGAACGCUCGUAAAGAUGGGGUGAAGAGGAACCCAAAUGAUCCUGAAGAGAACCCAGAGGCCUUCAAGGCCAUGCUUGAUUUCCAAGCAGCACAGCCUCCAUACAAUGGCAUGAGUUCCAGCAGCACAUCAAGAACCUUGACAAACCCUAAAGCAGACCAAACUGGGGGAGACGCAGGCCAUGGGGCGCAUCGACGAAAGACUUCUGUAGGGAGCCGCAAGAGUAACAUGUCGGAGUCUGGCAGUGAAAGGAGCAACUCAGAUUAUUCACUGUUGCAGCAGCAACAGUCAAGACACAGACGUGAGAGAUCUGAUAGAAGAAAGAGUAGUUUGGCUUCGUCUGGAACUGGAAGCGAUCAUAGCAGCACGUCCCAUUCUCAGAGCAAGCCUAAGAGUACUACCAGUAGCCAUCACUCUCACUCUGAUCUUCUUAGUCACGACACUGUGAGUUCUCUUUCCGAACAAACACUAAAAUCCUAA